AUGUUUCAAAACAGUGCCUACGGAACUCCGAUGCUAGAUGGCAAUCUGGUACAUCCUGAGAUUUACUCACAUACUCCAACAGAGGACAAAAUGGAUGUCGUAUCUCAACCUCAACUCAACAACAACAAUAUAGAGGUUGUAAAUCGCAACAGCGGCCUUGUGUUCGGUUCCACACGUCAAUGGUAUGAUAUCGAGACAAGGAAGGGUCACGAUACCCUGCACGCUUCAUUCGACACAAACCGUAGCUGGUACGUCUCGGAACAGAUUCAGCCGGCGCAAUCUACACAAAACAAUCACUUGCUAACGCCAGCCGCGUGCAAUGGUCAACCAUUCAAGACUGAUGACAACAACACAACAUCACCACAAAUCGAUGAGGAAAUUAUCCCAAAAACUGCCGAAAACAUUAUACCUGAUGGCACGUUGGAGCAGAGCAUAAUGCCACAAGUACUGCCAGCAUCACCCAGUGCUGUGGAAGCAGCAAAACCGACCGAAAUGGUUGCUGUAGUGACGAAAGUAAGUGAACGCAGGCCUAUGAAUGCGUUUCUUUUAUUUUGCAAAAGGCAUCGGCCAGUGCUGAAGAAACAUUUCCGUGAGGAAAACAGGGAUAUAACAAAAAAGCUCGGCAAAUGGUGGAAAAUACUUAAACCGGAACAGCAGAAACCCUACAAAAAGCUGGCGGAAAAGUAUAAAACCAAGUACCUGAACGUCAAUCCUGGUUAUCGUUGGUGCAAAACUUCUGCCACAGCGUGUGCAACAAACGCAGACCCAUCUUUGAACGAAGGGAAUACAGACCGAAUGGCGACCGAGCCUGACCCGGAAGCCAUAUCGCAGGAUCGUUUGGAGGCAGCCCAUACGUUGGUGCGCUUGGGUGAAGGCGUAAACAAUCGUUGCCCGCCAGCCACGAUGUCCGCCAACGGCGGACCAAUGUCCUUUACGCUGGCGGCAGAUUCGAAUAUGGGACGUUUGCGCGAACUUUAUCUCGAUAAAGCAGAUGCUGGACAGUUUAAGGAGUCGCAAUCCAAUCGAUUUUCCAUAUCAGUGCCAUGUGUAAGUAAGCCCCAGGAUCACACCGAUGAUGGUGCCGAAAACACAGCACGUACUGAACGUUCCUGCAAGGGUAAUCGCUAUCCGCAUAUUAUGAAUCAAAUGUACCCUCGCGCACAAUCAAAACGAUCUACAGUAUCAAAGAAAACGCAAAAAGUGCUCAACGGUGGUGCUAGUACCACUAGCGAUCGUGCGCUGGACGCGGGAUGUGUUCCGGAACAUACCGAAGCAGAAGCAAGGAACAAGCAGCUGGAAAUGGAACGAGACAAAGAGCUCUCUAAUAUACGCGCUAUGAAUAUCGAUCAUUUUCUAGCGAUACAGCAUAGCGAAAAAAGGCGCAAGAAAGCAAAAACUCCUGUAACGAAAGCUGCAACAAAGACUGCCAUAUUGCCGACAUCACCAGACAACCCCGAUAUUCAAGCCUCAAUAGGUGGACCUAUCAGUAAAACCGAUCACUCAACAUCCGUGCCGGAUAAUAUUGUUCCAGUGAUGGUGAAGGUUGAGCAACCGGCCAUUAAACCCGUCGGUUGCCGAAAGCGAAAACCACCGCGAGAUCGCAUUACACGGUUGGCCGUAUAA